CUUGAAACUCACUCUGCUCAAACACUCAUCUCUAUCAAUCUCUCUCUCUUUUCUCUUCUCCAUCUCCAAUACUCAAAAAGAACAAUAGCCCCAAACAGAAAAAGAAAAAAGGAAAAAAGGGGAAAAAUGGGGGUUCUCUUCUUCUUCUUCUUCCUAUAAUGACUCUACACAACUCAAUCCUCUUCUUCCAAGAAGAAGAAGGAGAAGAAGAAGAAUAUGGCUUUACACUCAAACAAACACACAACGACUCAACGCCUCCAUAACUCACUCUUCUUCUUCGAUUUACUCCAUUGCACUGAACAACAACACCAUCAAACAGAGCUUCCCAUUUUCCUUAACAAUGGCGCCACCACCACUACCAACUUCCCCCUUUCCCAUUUCCUCAUUUCCGAAGACGAAGAGCUCGCUUAUUUGUUAUCCAAAGAAAAAGACCAGAAUCUCCAACACCAUGCUGUUUUGGAAACCUUGAUUCAAACAGAUAAUGCUCUGUCUCUCGCUAGAACGGAGGUUAUCGACUGGUUGCUUAAAGUUAAUGCCUUUUAUGGCUUCUCAUCUCUUACAGCUCUUUUAGCUAUUAAUUACCUUGAUAGAAUCCUCUCUGGGCCUCAUUUUCAAAGAGAUAAGCCAUGGAUGCUUCAGCUUCUUGCUGUAACUUGCAUCUCUUUAGCUGCUAAAAUCGAAGAAAUUCGUGUCCCUCUUCUUCUAGAUCUCCAGGUGGAAGAUUCCAAGUACAUUUUUGAACCGAAAACGAUACAGAGAAUGGAGCUUUUGGUUCUUACUGCUCUACAAUGGAAGAUGCAUCCAGUGACCCCUGUUUCAUUUCUUGGUAUCAUAACAAAAGAGUUUGUAAUGAAGAAUCAAUACAUUCAAAAAGAGUUCCUUAGACGUUGCGAGCGUGUUCUUCUCUCUAUCGUCUCAGAUUCAAGAUCGGUGGGGAUUCUUCCUUCCGUAAUGGCAGUUUCAGCAAUGGUUAGUGUUGUUGAAGAGAUGGGAAACUGUAAUCCCUUAGAGGAGUUUCAAGAUCACCUUCUUAAUGCCCUCAAAAUAAACAAGGGGAGAGUGAAGGAGUGUUGUAAAGUGAUAAUGGAGGCAAAAGCAAAAGGGUCAAUGAAGAGGAAGCAUGUGGAGGAGAAAGCAGAAACUGGAGAAUCAUCAGAAGUAGAAACAGAAGAAGAAGAAGAAGCAGAAGUAGGGAGUCCAAAUGGAGUAAUAGAGGCAAAUUUCAGCUGUGAAAGCUCCAACGAUUCGUGGGAUAUGGGGACGAUUGUGUCAGCAUCAACAUUAUAUUCACAUUUUUCUUCUUCUUCUUCUUCUAAUUCUUCCAAAAGAAUCAGACCCACUCGAUGAUGAAACCAAAUUUGUUGAGAUCCAAUACCCAUGUGGGUGGCCUUCCCCCCCUGUUUUUGAAAUCGCAUGCAACACACAAAACAAGAGACAAAAAGAGAAGAAAAAGAUAAUGAGAGAUAUGAAAUGACGACGAAUGAUGAUGAUGAUGAUGAUGAGAGAGGUUGUCCUUCUCUUUCUGUUAUGCAGUUGAUUAAUUAUGUUGUAUAUGAUGAAAAUUCUUGAAUAUUUGCUUCUAUUAUAUAUUCUCUCCCUUUUCUCUUCA